AGGAGAUUGAUAUAUGGAGUAAAUACUACAGACUGUGUGGAGGCGCUUGGACCACUGGUGCUUUGGAUAUCGCUGGAGACGCGAACGGUCUGCAGCGCGCGGACACUGAUCUACCUAAGGGCGUUUGGCAAGAAUCCAUGUCAAUGCAUGCCUUGUUUUAAGAACGAGGAAGCACCGGUAUUUUAUAGGUAGGAUACAGGAAAUAAAAGGUGAAACCUGUGAUUUGUUUUUUGGCCUCUCUAGCGUGGUGUUUUUGGUUUAAACGGCAGAUUAAACCCUGUGUAAGCUUCAUCACGGACGCAACAAACGGACACAUAGCCUAAAAGUUGCGAUUGGAGUAUUAUUGUAGUUUUUGUUAUGCCCGAAAUUAGUGCUUUAUGUGGAUUUUUGACGCUCGGAAAGGAAUCUAGCAUUUCAAUGACACUGACAGUGCCUUCUUUUUAAGUGAAUUUUAUAGACCUUCACGGCAAUAGCUCAUCUUGCUCAUUGUUUCUUUGCCACUACGCAAUAAAUAGCCUACUGACACAUGCUUUACAGCAGUCUCAUGUUGAUAAGAAAGGAUAGAUAAAGUGCUCAUAGUGGCAUAUUUUGCUCGAGAUAGUAUUCAGGCUGUUUAUGUAUUAAAGUCGCUAUCUCAGAACUGAACAGCGGUACACGUCAAGCGCUGCUCUAGCAUCACCGCUCAAUAUCGAGGACUGAACAUCUCAAUUACCAACAUGACGGAUGGACCGAGACAAAGAGGCAGCGCAGCCCCGAGCACCAGUGAGGAUGCAGCAGCAGACGCGGGGAAAGCAGCAGGACAGUCAUCGGUGGCGUUGAAGAAGGAGAUCGGUCUCGUCAGUGCUUGUGGCAUUAUUGUCGGUAACAUCAUAGGCUCUGGAAUCUUUGUCAGUCCAAAGGGAGUAUUGGAAAAUGCCAGUUCAGUGGGCCUGGCGCUCAUUGUAUGGAUCAUCACAGGCCUUAUAACAGCAAUUGGAGCACUCUGCUAUGCUGAGCUGGGCGUCACUAUCCCCAAAUCUGGAGGCGACUACUCUUAUGUCAAGGACAUCUUCGGAGGACUGGCAGGGUUUCUGCGGUUAUGGAUUGCUGUGUUGGUGAUCUACCCCACUAACCAGGCGGUUAUCGCUCUCACCUUCUCUAACUACGUCCUGCAGCCUCUGUUCCCCACCUGCUUCCCCCCAGAGAAUGGUCUGCGUCUGCUUGCUGGCAUCUGCUUGUUGUUGCUGACUUGGGUGAAUUGCGCUAGUGUGCGCUGGGCAACACGGGUACAGGAUGUCUUCACUGCAGGGAAACUUCUGGCACUCAUUCUCAUCAUCAUCAUGGGCCUCGUACAAAUCUGCAAGGGUGAAUAUUACUGGUUGGAGCCGGCCAAUGCUUUCCAGCCAUUUCAAGACUAUGAUGUCGGUUUGAUCGCUCUGGCAUUUCUACAGGGGUCCUUUGCCUACGGUGGCUGGAAUUUCCUCAAUUAUGUCACAGAGGAACUCGUCGACCCCUAUGUAAACCUCCCCCGUGCUAUCUACAUCUCCAUUCCCCUUGUGACCUUUGUGUACGUUUUUGCUAACAUUGCCUACGUUACUGCCAUGAGCCCUCAGGAGCUGCUGGCUUCUAAUGCUGUAGCUGUGACGUUUGGUGAGAAGCUGUUGGGAGUGAUGUCAUGGAUCAUGCCCAUCUCUGUGGCCUUGUCCACAUUUGGGGGGGUCAACGGCUCCCUCUUCACCUCCUCUCGGUUGUUCUUCGCGGGUGCACGUGAAGGCCAUCUCCCUAGUCUGCUAGCUAUGAUUCAUGUGAACCGCUGCACUCCAAUUCCAGCCUUACUCUUCACUUGCAUCUCAACACUUCUGAUGCUGUGCACCAGUGACAUGUACACACUCAUCAACUAUGUGGGUUUCAUCAACUACCUCUUCUAUGGUGUCACUGUUGCUGGGCAGAUUGUGCUGCGGAUUAAACAACCAGAUAUACACCGGCCAAUUAAAAUUAGUCUGGUGUGGCCUGUCAUCUACCUGCUGUUCUGGGCCUUCCUGCUGAUCUUCUCUCUGUACUCUGAGCCUGUGGUGUGUGGCAUUGGCUUGGCCAUCAUGCUUACUGGUAUCCCUGUCUAUUUCUUGGGCGUGUACUGGGAAAACAAACCCCAGUGUUUUAAUACAUUUGUUGACAAGAUGACGUACCUGGGUCAGAAGUUUUGUGUAGUGGUCUACCCAGUGGAAGACGAGAAGAAAAACGAAGAGUCUAGAGAUGAGAUGAUCGAAAUGAAGGAACAGUCGGUUCCACUGUCAGCAGAAGAUGAGGAGACACCGAAAUCAGCUGACUGCUGAACAGACACGUGGAGACACACUCAUUCACUCGCGUACGGGGUGCCGGACUUAUUCAGAUAGACACUGGAAAUCAAACUCAGAUUUUUUUUUUUCACAUACCACUAUGUUUUGCCUUUUCAUAAAGAGGGGGUUGCACUGGAGUGCAGUGGCUAAGCUCAGGAGAGAGAAAUGAACAGAGACUAGCUGCUCCACAGGUCAUGUGGUUUUGCUGUAGUGGUCUUAGAAAAUGUUCGACGUUCUCUCUAGUUGCUAGUCUCUUAGCAACUGCUUUCUACUCCAUCGACUGUGCGACAGAAUUACAACACUAAAAUGUGAGAUUACAGAAAGCCCUAAAGCUCUACAAUGUAUAGCCUAUAAACACUGGUUUGGAAGGGUCUGCAUUUUGCAAAAACUUCAUGAAACAAUCUUUUCUAUGAGAAACACAGAGAAUUGCAAUUCCAUUUUGAUAAAAAUGCCAAACUACAUCAUGGCUUCGCCUGAUAUGGCAGGGUUCAUUUUAUUUAUUUAUUUAUUAAUGAGUACAUUCUAAUGUUCUAAUUCUUACCCCCUCUUUAUUUCUCCUUUUUCAGUUCAGGUCUCUGUUGUAACACUCCCAGCAGAAAAUGUUUUUUUUAUAAGCCAAAGCUGUAUUUUAAUUUGACAUGUUCUUAUUUCAAGUGUAUUUCAUCACACCAAAACACUCAGAAACAUUUCCUUUUUUAUAUUUUGAUAUUUUGGAUUGUCUUAUUCUAAUCAUAUUCCUUUGUUAUUAUAAAAUUAUUAUUGUUCUUUAUCAUUUUUUUUCUCUGUUCUCUUUCCUGAAAGAAAGCUCUGGGAUCUUUUUUUAAUCAUCAUAUUUUUAAGGUAUAUAUUAAAGAACCAAUUGUGGUGGUUCAGAGUAGUUUUCUACCAGGUUACUCUGGUACUGAUACAAUUCUAGCUCUUUUAUUUGCCUUAAAACUUAAACGUAAACUGUAUUAUAGCUGUUAAAGAGUAUUUUGCUUUCUGAUAUUUUUGAAGAUAAAAAGUGUUCAAUGAAAACUUAAAGAGGCCAUUGUGAAGUUGAGUUGAGUGUUGUAACAGUAUCUUCAUCGUGUGGACUUUAGACAGAGAAUAUGGCUCAUGAUGCCAUCGGCUUUACAGCCACAGUCAUAACCCUCAAGUUCACACAGUUUAAUUAUUUCAAAAAAUGUACACAGAUGCAGAUUCAAAUUGCAGAGUGGUUUGGUUAUAUGUGGAAAAAAGAAAUAAAAACAAUAGUGGUGUAGCUAGUGUUUGUGAUGUAGCUGAAAGCCUGUGAGAAUGUAAUAGUUAUAUAGUUUUGGUCCUGUCAUUUAUUAUGUAAAUAUUCAAAAACUUGAAAUCAGUUAUCUCAGAAGAGCUUGUUAAAUUAGUCAUAUAAUGCACAAUAUAUCAUAAUUGUGUUAAUGAACUUUAAUGUAGGUGCAAUACAAAGGACUAGAAUCAAUCGAUCAAGCUAACAAACCUAUGAUUUAUUCAUAGUCUGGAUGAUUACAUUAAUAUACUAAAUAAACUACACACCAAAAUGAAACGAGCCUUAAAGAUAAUACAUUUUAAAUAUAUAUAUUAAUUUGUAUAAGUAAAUGAUAUAUGCUCAGUUCAAGAAUACAUGACUAAGGUGUUCGGUAUGUAUGUGUCACUUCUCCAUAUAAACGCAUAAGGCUUUUUAGUGGUCACAGGGUCUGUUCAUUGUGCCUCUGUGUUGAUGUCACACUUUUACCCACUUGUGAAGACUAUGGAAAGUGCCAGUUGUUCUCUUGUUGUAUUUUUUGUUUUUUAUUACUUUAUUUUUUUGCAUAUCUGUAAUGUGUAGGUGCUGUAUAAAAAGCAAUAUAAUAUAUUGAUCACAGUGUAAAUCAUAGCACAUCCAUUUUGCAUGAGCUUAACCCCCCACAUUCCUUAAGAGACUAUAAUAUCAAAUCUAUAACCAUCGCACUUACACAGUAAACACUGCCUUUUGGUUCCUCUGUCCUAAUCGAGUGGUGGCAAUACCUGUCGUUAUCAUCAGGUCAUCAAAGACUGACUGUGUAAACUUUGAACAUUGUAUGUAUCAUCAAAUGUGCAGAGCGUCUUUGGUUCUAGUAAUGCUGCUCCUGAGCUGUGUCUCAGUAUCCAGCACUGCCUACUGUGUGAUAAACACAAUGUAUAUUUUCUAUGGAACAUGCGACUCUGAUUGUGCAGCAAUAUUAAGCUUUCGUAUCCACACACACUAUCAUACAUGCGAUACCAAAAGCCAUGCAAAAUGAAUUCUGUUCAUUUUCACAUAGGUUCAUUUUCAAUUACACCAUUAGUAACAAAUGAUUGAUGUCAAUAUUUUGAAUGUCCUUGUCACAACUAUAUAAAUCAAUAAGAGAGUGACUUUUAUAGAUUAUAUUAAGAUAUGUACAGUCUAAAACGAUGAAAGUCAAUAAGGCUCAAAUUGCCACUGACACAAAACUGGGGGUGAACGGUUUGUACCAGAGUCUUCUUGUUUACUAUAGGUUUUGUAUUUGUUGAACAGUGUGUAUUAAAAGAUAAAUAAAUCUAUAUGCUGAACCAA